CUCUCUCUGAGAAAAAAAAAAGACUAAAUAAGGCUACACGUUUUGCGAGCCAAUUUUUAUUCUUUUUUAUCCCUCCCCUCCUCGCUUGUUCUUCUUUCUUUUACCGUUCUCUUCUUCCACUUUUCUUUCUUUCGUUUUGCGCAGAACUCCAGCUCGUGCUGCCUUCUCGCUCCCCUCAUUCCUACACUUCUCCCUUUCUUUCUUUCCACUUGGGUUCGCGUCCCGAUCAUACUAUUCCAAUCCCUAACCCCGCUUACCAUCGUUUUUAUUUACCAAUCUAACCUACAUCACUUUAUCCAUCGUAUCCACCAUCAUCUUCAUCUUCAUCUCCACCACCAUUACAACCCUCGUCUAUCUCCAAACCAACAUCUGAACCAUCUGAACCAACCCCCUUUUCUUUCUCUUGCUCUCUCUACCACCGCCCUUAUAAACAACGCCAUUUUUUUUUCGGUUUCUUCCCCAUCUUUUGAGAAUUAUACCUUGUAAAAAAUGUCAACCGAUUCAUCACAAGUCUCGCAAUCUGCGGCAAGUGAGGCUACUAGUAAUGCUAUUAGCAGCAGCAGCAGCAGCGAAGCUUCUUCGAGUUCAUCGCUAGCGACGGCAAAGUCUAUUGAGCAACAACACAAUAACAACCCUACUACUACUAGCAAGACCUCAACAACAACGCCCACGCCAACAAAGAAGCGCACUCGGGCCACUGCAGAGCAGCUGGCUGUGCUUGAAGAUACAUUCGCUGUCAAUGUCAGUCCAAACAGCAAACUUCGCAAGCAGCUUGCAGAACGACUACAAAUGAGCGAACGAUCGAUUCAAAUUUGGUUCCAAAACAGACGAGCCAAAGUCAAACACAUGCAGAAGCGCGCGCAAAUGCAGAUGCAACAGGCUUCUAUUCGUGCUCAGCUGUACCAUUACCAUCAACAGCAGUAUGGUGCUCAUCCAUAUGGUAGUCCUCAUCAUCAACAGCACCAGCACCAUCAGCAUGGCCCACCGUUGAUGCCUCUUCAGCCUCAUCAUCAUCAUCAUCAGCAGCAGCAGCAACAACAGUACUACUGUCCACAACCUUAUCCUACUACUUCUCCAUCUACACGAGUGCCGCUUCCUCGUGCCCAAAGCGUUGAUACCAUCCAGCAACAUCAUCCUGUGCAACAACAACCCACAUCGACCACCACCACCACCACUACUCCGCCACCUUCCCACCUCUAUUAUCCUCCGACGCAUCCUCAUCACCAGCAGCAAUGGCCCGACACCACCACUGUAUCAUCACCUACAUCUUCCGCCACUCCAACUCAUCCUUAUAACAACUCGACCAUACCCACUUUGGUGCCUGUCCCGGAUGCUGGCCCAACUGCCAUGUUAACCACCUCAGAUUUUGGUUAUGCGCCUACCACACCAGCUGCAACACCUCCCGCACCAACGACCAUGGCCAAUGACCUUUGGUGUACACCUGAUGCAUUUGAUCGCACUCAAUCUGUCGGUUUAGCAGUCUCUGAUCCGACUACUGGUGAACUCGUCAGCCCUGUGAGGGCACUUAGCGACCCCAUAGUGACCACCAUUGACCCAUCGAGUCUCAUGAUGACACCCCCUGCAACAAGCACUACCAGCAGCAGCGGUGGCAGUGAGAGUAGCCAAACAUCAUCGCAAGAACACCAACACGUAGACGAAAUUAAUAAUAACAAUAAUAACAACAACACAUCAUUGAACGCAACCACAUUGACCAUUGGUUCUUGGCAUCGACUCAAGCUACGCUCAAACGAUCUAUUAUGCGUAUAUCAGCCCGACCGACGCAUGUUUGCGUGGCACAUUGCCGAUAAUGGCAGUCUGUUCCGUAUGGAGAUUUCCUUGGAAGCCGUUGCAAGUAUCGAAUACAUUGCUGGCGAUUGUGAUGUCCUUGCCGAUGUACAUUUCGACAUUAGUGAACCGCCCCAGUUCUACAUGCAGCAACAAAAGGAGGAAGACAGCCCCAUUGGAGAUGAUGAACAGCAACAAGAGCAACAGUGGAUUCAAUGCAGCGAUUUCACUGAAGGAAAGCAAGCAUCGAGGUUCUUUCGCCAUUCGCUUAAAGGUGUGGCUCAUCACAUGAAACAAGAGUUCCUGAAUUUGAUGGAUAAGCACGAGGAGACGCGUCGUCUUGUACGAUUCAUCGAGACGCCUAUUCCAACUGCAUUGACUGCGGCAUAUCAGCCUACUACAGCUGCUGAUGCUACCUCCAUCAUUGAAGAUCCCAUGUUUCACUCACAGCCAUCGUCCUCGUACAUGUACUGGAAUCCAAUGGCGGCCACAGCCGCUACGCCGUUCAUGGCGGAACCGUGUAGCUUCUUGAGCUAAAAGAAAAAAAUAACAAUCAUAUUCCUCCUUCUUCUAACAUCCACCCCCAUAGUAUCAUUCAUCCCACAUAUAUCAGUAUCAUCUUUCCCUUCUAUACUCUCUCGCAACACACGUUCCUCCAUUGAAAGCAAAAACGAAACUUUCUAAAUUUCUCUUCACCAAUCCCCUUUCCUCCCCAACCCUGUGUUUAUAUGUAUCUUUUGUUCACCAUUUGUUGCAUUUGUUAUUCCAUUUUUUAUUAUUUUCUUCUUCGGUUUAUUUUGUCUGUCACGCGUUGUGAAAAUCUUUUUUCUUUGUAAAAUAAAGUAUGUAUAUUUGGCUCUCGUUAA